UCCAUUCUCCCUCCUAGAAUCAAGUUCCCACUUUCCAUGGCCUCCCCUUCACGAACCAAAACCUGCGUCUCUCAAGCAUGAUUCUACUGGGGCUAUAUACCACCCAAAUUCUCGGAGGAUCCCCUCUCCCGACCUUGCCUAACCUCUCCCUUUGCCCUGUUUGGCCUCACUAUUGGUACUCCGAAUCCUCAUAGGGAUUGCCUUUGUGAAGCUCUCGUCUCCCUAUGGGCUUCUCGUGGAGCAACUUUCAUCUGCUGCUUUGAUAAAGGAUAUUUCUUUGCUGAGUUUUGUGAUGAAACCCACCACAACCAAAUCCUCAUUUUCACUCCCUGGUGGUUUGAUUCUAUGAUACUCUAGCUCGGUCUCUUUGAGCUAGACACUGAACUCUCCUUCAAAGAAAUGGAGAAUGUCCCAUUUUGGCUACAAAUCUUUAACAUCCCAUCUGAUAGUUUUAACCAAGAAGUAGUCCGCACUACAGUCUCUUGCGUAGGGCGUGUUUUGGAUAUGAACAUCUGUUCAAAAUUUCUCAAACUCCCUCUGGACGUGGUUUGGGUUAAGAUAUCCUUCAAAAAGAAACGUACUAUCCCUCUUACCUCCAAGAUACCUAAGAAGUUUGGCCUCCAUGCUACUAUUCAGUUCAAGUAUGAAGUUUUUCCUAUCUGCCUUAAUUGUGGGAAAAUAACACAUACAUUUCCCUAUUGCCUAUCACUGAAAAACGUGCCGACUGCUCUACCUCCGUCUGCAGCUGAGUAUACAAAUGCCAUUAUUGAACCCCUGCUUGUUAAUCUAUGUCAAGUCCCAUCAUCCUCUGACCAGCAACAGGUAAGCCUAUACUCACUCUCUCCUGGUCUUGAUGAUUCUCCCUCAGAGAAGGACCAGUCAUCACCCACUCAUCACUCCAAUCUUCUUCUCCCUGUUCCCAUGGAGGUUUCGGAUGAACCAAACACCAUCUUGGCUGACUCGGGUGUCACUGACCAACCCAUUUCUUGCGAAACCAAACCCAAAGCACCCCUCUUUGAUGAUUCAUUUUGGCAUAACCCACCCUCUCUUGUAGAUCCCAAAGCCCAGAUUUCUUUUGCUCGGCUUUCGGCCAUUAUCUCGGAUAUGCUUACCAAACUUCCACCGACCAUAAUACCGCCCACUUUUCAUGGUCCAUCAGCCCCUCAAACCACCACCAUUCCUGUCACUCAUACACCUCUUUCCUUUGGCCCUGUUUCUGCAGCCUACUCUGCCUUACCAGCCCCUAUCACCUCCCCGCCCUUCUCCUCUACCAUAUCUUUAAACAUUUCUGCCCCUGCAUCAGCCAUCCCAAUUGAAGUUGUUAUAUGUAAUCCAUCAAGAAUUUUUUUAACCCCUCUCCCUUCACCUGUACCCGGCAAGGAAACCCAUCCUUGUUUAAUAAAUGCGCACCAAGUUACAAUCCAACAGAUUAUGUUCAAUGGUUCAGAUCUAGUUCAGAGUCAAGCCCACCCCGCCCCUACCACAAGCAUUCCACCUCCACCAAUAUUUUCUCAGUUUGUCUCGGCUCCCAUACUAUCUCUCCCUACUAAACAUAGACAUGGAGCAUAUAGUAAGCAUAGUGAUGCAAAAGAUAUUGCCGAUUGGAUAACGGAUAUAACAGCACGAGCCACUAAUCCAAUGGAAUUUCUCAGGAAAAUUUUAUCAGAUUCAGCUUAAGAGGGAUGCACAUGCUGGUUCGAUGGUACCGUCGACUGAGCUGACAUCACAUGGUAAUCCCCCAACACUAGAUAGCUUAGAGCCAUCCUUGGGUUUCUAGAUGACUAGUGGAGAACAAGACCAGGAGACCAUUUUGAAGCUAGUGCGUGACCUCUCCUUUACGGACUGAUGAAAGCCAAAAAUUGUGGAUGGAUGAUCGAGGAAGUGUGGAUUGAUGACCCAACCCUAAAGUUCCUCAUUCAUAACUUUUCUAAUCCCACCUCAUGGCCCCUUAGUAUCUUUAAUUUGUUUCUGUCUAUAUAUAAUAAUCGGUCUAAACUUAUGUAUCAUCUGAAGCCAAACAAUGAGGUGGUGCUACCUAUGCAUCAACUAGCAACUACCGCCACUACUAUCAAACUUC